AAGUAAUUAUGAUUGCACUUCCGGUAAUAUGGAAUGACGAGGAUUCAGGCUGAUAUUUACAUCUUCUGCAGCUGAUACAACAAGACUUCCAGCAUGGAGUUUCAAGAUCAGUUUUACACUAACGGAGAAUAUAUUGAAACGGCAUCUGGAAACAAGGUCAGCCGACAAUCAGUUCUUUGUGGAAGUCAGAACAUUGUUAUUAAUGGAAAGACCAUUAUCAUGACAGACUGUGUGAUACGUGGCGACUUGGCUAAUGUGAGAAUUGGACGGCAUUGUGUUAUCAGUAGAAAAGCUGUUAUUCGUCCUCCAUUUAAGAAAUUUAGUAAAGGUGUUGCCUUCUUCCCACUUCAUAUCGGAGACCAUGUGUUUAUUGAUGAGGAUUCUAUAGUAAAUGCUGCACAAGUGGGAUCAUAUGUACACAUAGGCAAGAACUGUGUAAUAGGUAGAAGAUGUGUGUUAAAAGAUUGCUGUGCCAUUGCUGACAACACUGUGUUACCCCCGGAGACUGUGGUACCUCCCUUCACAGUCUUCUCAGGAUCACCAGGCCAAUUUACAGCAGAGUUACCAGAGUGUACACAAGACCUUAUGUUGGACGUAACCAUGAACUAUUACCAGCAUUUCAAAGCUACGGCAGGAGUGAAAGAAAAAAAGAAAUGAUUCAUUGAUAAAUAGGAAGAGGAAGGGAAUAUUCAUGUUUGUGCUGCCAUGUGUUAUGUUGAAGAUGACUUGUGUGGAAUGUGGAUGAUUGGACAGAAUAUUCGGUGACCAAAUAGAACACCCUUGGAAUACAGACCAUUCUCAUCUACAGUGCUUACAAUUUAUGUUCUCGUGUAAAUAUCAUUUCCUUUGAAAGUAAAUAGGAUAUUUAUUAAUUUUUUGACAAGAAAUUCUUCUGUAAGUAUAGCUGUUCUAGUCAUCGAAACAUCACACAUAAACACUUCACUUAUUGUGCUAUACAAACCAUUACACAAUUCACACUUACCAGCCUGAAGGAAAUGUUUAGGAAUACACAAACAGACAUUUUAAUAGAUGAACUUGAUUUCAUUAUGGUGUAUAUAAUGAGUGCUAUAGUAUAAGUAUGCAAUAAGAUAUUGAUAAGAUUUGAGUUGAUUACAGUAACAGGGAUACUGAUAACACACUGUCAGAAAAUGGACUGUUUCUAAAAUAACAUGAAUAAGGCAUUUUUCUUUGCAUGUAAAUGCAUUGAUGCAUUUCUGGAAAUACCAUUCUUUAUGGUAUGAACAACAAUGUUAUAAUGACAAAUUUAUGUGUGGAUAAGGGGAAGGACAAAAAAGAAAAGAUUGCCUAUCUAAACAUAAUUAAUAUAGGCAUUACUCAAUUUAUGGCAUACGUUGAAAACACCUUUAAACUAUUAAAAGAAGAAGCAUUAUAGCAAUGUUAUUCAAAUACACAAUACUAACAUGCGGUAAUGGCCUUGUGUUGAUAAAUUGUUAAAUUUAUCUGUUAUUUGUGUUUACAAUGAUGGAUUCUUGAAGAUAUAUUUAUACAGAUUUUGUUAAAAUAGAGUCAAUAAAAUAGUGCAGUUUUAGAAAAAAAUCCAUAAAAUUGAUUACAGUUAGAGGAUUUACCUCCCUUUUGACACAUCUUUUAGAUACAAGUAAUUUCAAGAUAAUCUCAAUUUCUAGAGAAACACUUGUGAGUUCUUUCUUUCUAUUUGGUGAAGGUUUUGGCAUUGAAAUAAGCUUGGACAGUUGGUAUAAGGACAUUUUUUGAACACUGCUUUUGCUCUGAUUAGUAUAUUCACAUUAAAUUGUUUUUAAUAGAGGCAAAAUGUUGUAAAUGGAAGAAAUCUAAUGUGUUUCAUCAAUCGCUGAGAAGGGUUUAUAUUUUUAAAGUGCAAUAUUGUUUAAACUUUCUGUUCUGAAGAAAUAAAUUGUUACGCGAGUGUAUUUACAUGGCUUUAUUGUCUAAUGACUGAUAGUGAUGUGUAACAUUGAUAUACAUAGGUUGAUUUUAAACCUCAAAAUAUUGGAUUUUGCUUCCUCAAAUCUCUAUGUAGCAGAUAAUUUGACACCUCUGUAAAACCAAUGUAUGAUAACUUCAGAUCUAUCCCUCAUAAUGAUUCAAGUGGUCCCCAGUUAAGUUCAGACUCAACAAUUUAUUUUUCUAAAUCCUAACUACGAAGUGCAUAAAAGCAAACUGUUUGAGUUCAAAAUGUUAGUACCAUAUUGACUGAUGUUUGAAACAUCAUUUCAAAGUAUGUGUGACGUCUUAAAAGUGUCAUUUUGAUCAGCAGAAUAAUCUAUUAUCAACCACUUAAAAAAGUGGUAACUGACAUCACCUCAUGAAAUAAACAUUUAUUAGAUAAACUUGUUGUGAAGCUUUUGCAUACAGCUUUAAUCAUUAACAUAUACCUUUGAUAUACCAUACUUUUCCCCCACUCCAAACCAGUGGUUUUGAUAAAUAUAUGCAUUAUGUAGAAAAUGUACUGUGUAUAUUUAGUUACUGUCAUGUUCAUAAUAUCAUUACCUAAUUAUCGGGUAAGAGGACGGAGUAAAAGAGUCAAGUAAUAUGUAGGUAUGGGGAUACUCUCAAGUAUAGGAUUUAGACUCGGAACCUUGGCAACGGCCUAGUUCUGACCCAAAGUCUACUCUUUUGGGUAGAAUUUCUAUUUCCCCCAUACCCUCACAUGACAGACUGAUUCGGAUCUUCUUAUAGCGAUUGUCCUGUUGGGGGACCUUGGUCAUAGUAAAGGGGGGUGAUACACUGCCAAUAAAACCAUGUAUGUCCAUCAUGUAUCACUAUAAACAUAGUAAGCUUAUAUGUAAUAAAUUAUUGAUUAUA